UGAAGAGAGAUGCAUCGAAGAGAGAUUCGGAUGCAUCCAAUUAAUGGACGUCAAAUCUAUGUGGCCCCUGGAAAAAGGUAGAUAAUCAAAGACCCUUUCGUAAUUAAUUGGCCGACUAGGGGUGUUUUCUUAAACCCCAUAUCCUUUUCUACCAUCCAACCCCGUCAGCCACCGCCGCAGACAACCCCAAUAUCAGCCGUCAAAUCUUAACGUCGUUAAAUCUCUAGGUCUUUGAGACACGAGAAGUCUAAAAAGCCAACUGGACUUAAUUAUCACCUUUGCAAUCAUUGUCCUAAGGCUCUCCUUCUCUCUCCACCUCACGCCACCAUUCUUAAUCUUCUCUCCGCCGAUGACGGUUCCUCUAGUUCUCCGGCAGCCGCUUUACCAGAUGAAGAUCUACUUCCUCUCAUCUAUGAGGGAAUUUGACAGUUCUUAAUCAAGUGAAAGCUUUUAUUGUUAUAAUUUGGUGAGAAGAUACUAUAUCUUUAAAUUUGAUGGAGAUGAACAAUCUGAGAACGGAAUCUCAUGUAGCCCAGAAAAGCCGGCGACAUAAGUUGAGAUUUCAGCAAAACUCUGACGAUCCGAACCACCAACAUUUAUCACAAGAUCCUCACUUUGAAGUUCAUAGACCCAGAUACGGGUCCAUUUCAUACGAUCCGAAUGUAUUCCCCUCCGAAAUGCUUAAUUCCGUUGCUAGUAAUCCACAACUUUUGAUACCUCCGAACCAUGCUUUUGUUUCCCAUGAACAAGAUUCGGGUUCUGGUUCAUCUCCGGCGAAUUUUCCCCACUCGGUAUCGACUAAAGUUAUCGGCGAUAACUCACAAAACGGUGCGAAUUGGAAAAGUGUUGUCGCUUCUCAAAACCAACUUCAAGUUAGUAGUGACUGGAAUGUUGUUAGUUACUCUAACGUUGCUUCCAUGAGUAUCGAUCAAAGUAACUCCAAUUCUCCGAUGGUGGUUGACGGCGGAGCCACUUCCAAAUCGUGUUACGGGUUUAGUAACGAUUUGCAAAACAUUCACUUGGGUGAUCAGAAAAACUACGGCCAAGUUCCGGCGUUCAGUUCUACACCGUAUUACCACAACACUCUACAAGAAGUUGUUACAUCAGCCACCGUAGGAACCCAUAUUCAUCAAGGCAAGAACUUUUUAGAGAUCAAUCAGCCGAUUCCGUGUUGGAUGAAUGCUUCGGAACAAUUAGGGUUUAUAGCAAAUAGAAAUAAUGAUCAUAGAGAAGGAACUAAUGAGAACAACUGCAUCACACAGGGGUUAUCUUUAUCACUUUCAUCAGUUCCUCAAGCUAAAUCCGAGUUUCCAAACCUACAUUCAUCUCCCAAACCCUUAAAGAACGAUCUUUUAACGAAUUCGGACCCAAAACAGUUGAUGGGGAUCUCUUCUUUUGCUCAACGGAAUGUUGGCCCGCUGGGUCCUUUCACGGGUUACGCUACUAUUCUUAAGAAUUCCAAGUAUUUGAAGCCAGCACAAGAAUUAUUGAAUGAUAAUUGUGAUGUUGGGUGUCAUGAGUUAGUUCAAGCAUGUGACAACACUCACAAGAUUCUCGAUGAAGAAAUGAGUAGGGUUUCCACCGAGUCUGGUGGCUCCGGUGCUUCAUCUUCCACUAUUUACGGUUCCAAUGAACAUAUUUCUGGCCGGAGCAGCUCUCUUUCUGAAUCAUAUCGGCCGGAGUUUCAUCAAAAGAAGGCCAAGUUACUAUAUAUGCAGGAGGAGGUAUGCAGAAGGUACAAGCAAUAUAAUCAGCAGAUGCAGAUGGUGAUUUCAUCUUUUGAAACAGUCGCUGGACUUAGUUCAGCAACUCCAUACGUUUCUUUGGCUCUCAAGUCAGUAUCACGCCAUUUCCACUUUGUUAAGAGUGCGAUUUCUGAGCAACUUACACAAAUGAAGAAGACCUUUGAAGAUUUGUGUUCUCCAACCACUGGUACAAAUGAUUCAUUGUCUCAGUUGAAAUCCAUUGAUCAUAACUCACAAAGACACGGGAAAUCAAGUGGAGGGUCAGCAAUCUUUGGGAACCAACAACCCGUGUGGCGACCUCAACGAGGCCUUCCUGAACGUGCAGUCUCGGUUCUAAAAGCUUGGCUUUUCGACCAUUUUCUUCACCCGUACCCAUCGGAUGCGGACAAACAUAUGUUGGCAACUCAAACGGGACUAACAAGAAAUCAGGUUUCAAACUGGUUUAUAAAUGCUCGAGUGCGCAUAUGGAAGCCUAUGGUGGAAGAAAUCCACACCCUUGAAACUAAAGGUUUGGUGGACUCCAACACAAAUACAAACAAUCCUCCAACUGAUGAUCAAGACACUAGCAGGAUGGAUAUGAGCUCACUGACAAAUAAGCAACAACCCGAGUGUUCAAGGAAUUCUGGAUCCUUAAUCAUGAUAAACAAUCAAAAUGAACCAAAUGGGCAACUAUGGGAGCAAGAGAAAAGAUCAAGGCCAGAGUUUCAGAUUCCUCAAACCACAAUGGACCGAUCUUUUACAAACAUCAUGCCCUACCCACGAACCACAUUUGAAGCUGGUGGAGUUGGGCCUGUUUCUCUUACUUUGGGACUCAGGCAGAAUGCUGAACAUGUGCAACAGUUGCAGCAACAUGAACAUCAGCUCAGGCAGCGGUUUGGACGUCAGUUGAUUCAUGAUUUUGUGGGGUAG